AUGGACCAACUUAUCGACUCCAGCUUGUUAGAUUUACCGUGUCUUCGAAUCCUCGAAGUGCAAUGUAUGAAGAUGAAAAAAGCCACUAUUUCCUUGAGUCCGGUUGCGAGAAUGCAUAUUGUCAAGUAUACGAUAGAAAUAAUCAAGAAUCUUUGCAAUCCUACUAUACCCAACCGUAUUGCUGAUAUCAUAGAACGAAUAGAUUACUGUUUUCCUUCAAAAAUUAGACCUUCCUGUCAUUUUCUCAGUGAAAUUCAGUCGAAUGUCGAGAAAGGGAAGAGAAAAACAUUGUAUAUUUCUUCUGAUAAAGUUUUUUCCUCCUUCAAGUCAGCAUUCUCACAUGUGGAACCGGCUGUAUCGUUAUUCCUCGCACACCUAAUGGAGCAUAUUAUAGGCCAGAUUCUUCAGUGGACCGUACAUUAUGAGUCGAAAAUUCAUUCUGGAUACAUUGAAGGGACGGAUAUAGAGCAUAUCUUCAGUUUGUUUGGGACUCCAAAACAGUCAAAAUCACCAGUUUAUUAUUCCCUUCCAUUUGUGUUUCGAAAGUCUACAGAUUAUAAGAGUCAUGCGAAAGAGAUUCAGUACUUGUUGCGAUCUAGUGUCCAACAUCUUGGGAUUGUUGUACGGAUUUUUAGUGACUCACUUUCAGAAGAGCUAUCUCAAAUUCGAACCGCUACAGAAUCUUUCCUAUGCAAAUACGAAAAUGAACUGCACACUCAUUCGGCAGCUCAGUACUUAUUAGAAUCAGUCAAAUCUGCCCAGCUGGUUUUUGAUCGAGCUUCAGAGUUGUAUAGUCACGUAACCCUUCUAAGUGAAUGUGUUGACGAUACUCAAGAAGAUCAAACGCGUCUUCUUGGAUCAUGUUUGAUAGAAAGUGCAGAGGAUGAAACAUUUUACACCUUUGCUCACUAUUCAAGUGCACUUUUCAGUAGUGAUUGUCGGGAAUGGAUAAAUUCUUUGGCUCAGAUACCUCAUAUCAUGCGAACACUUGCAAACGAAUUUCAAAAGAUUUUGCAUAUCACACUGGCCAAUGCAUCUAGUCGUCGAUAUGCUGAAAUACAAUCACGUUUUUCUGAUCCACAUUCAUGUCAGUUAUGUGCUACUGGUUUUAAUUGUGACACUAGGAACUUGACGUCUCCAGGACAAUCUUCAGGAUUUUAUUGUGUAUCACCUCAGCAUUGUGACAGCCCACAGUUGUAUUGGUUAAAUGGUGUUUCAGAUCAUACUGUUUGUAGUUUUGCGAAUGGGAGCAUUAUCACUACCUGUUCAUCUGAUAAUAUCACCAAUCUAUCUGUACCUUUUUGUUCGGUUUCUAUGAACCAGGAGUUAACUAAUUCACCAUAUUUUACAUCGUUUUCAAAUCGACGUCAGCCAAAACCGAAUAUUAAUCAUUCCUUGGACAGUAGUACAAAGGACAACUCAAGUCGAAGAUCAGUUAGCAGUUCCCCGUCACGCCUACUAUCAUCUCAAAAAUCUAUGUCUGUUUCCUUAAAUACGAAUACUAGUGAUUGUCAGAUAACCGAACUUCUUUUUCGUACUCGUGAUGACGACUAUUCAUCCUCUUCUUCCUCAUCUCCUUCAUGCUUGUCUUCAAUGAACAUGGAAAGUUUUGAAUUGACUACAGUUUCGCCGUCUUGUAGUCAUAUGGUUAUUGCUUUCCGGUAUCUUCUACCUCAACUGUUACUUCUGCCUAAUUUUCAGUUGCUUCUGUUGGUUGAUCAUAUACAGGCUCUCCUUUCUCUUGCUACUGAAGAAAGUGAACAUGUAAUGUUGAAAGAUGUAAUGUCAAUAUUAUCAAAAACUCGAUCUUCUGUAUCAAACUCUUUAUUUAAUCAAGAUUGGGUAAAGUUGAUUAGUUCAAGAUUAGCUUUUUUCAUGAAGACACCAGUAUCCACUGAUCUUUAUCCUACUGAAGGGAAAAACAAAUUAGAAGAAUUAAUAUCAUCAGUUCGUCGUACACAACAUCCUUCAGAACUUCCAAUUGUUUUAUCCGAGUUUCUUAUGGAUGGUCAUGUACAAAUAAGAACUGAUCAUAAUCGUUCAAAGAAAUGUGAACGAAUAGCCUAUCUAUUCAAUAAUUGGCUUAUUUUGUGUAAAAAACAAAAAAAAGUAUUCAGUAAUGUUGUGUCUACGCCUUCAUCUAAUACUAAUUAUGUGCUAAAAGUGAAAAAACGUAUCUGUUUAGAACAAUUUCAUCUUAUAGAUUUAGCAUCAGAACUUGGUGAUAACAAUGAUGUUCUCUUUUUAUUUGAUUUGGAAUUCUGGGAGACACCAAAGUUAUCUUCAACUAUUUCUUCCAGUUUACAACAUAAUACAGAUAAUCGAAUAUUAUACUCUAAUUCUACUACAUCACAGAUUGGAUUACAAUCAAUUUCUUCUAGUCAAAUAAAUAAGAAUCAAUUCCAUUUUGGUAGUGUAUCAUCUGUUUCUACGCUAACUAGUACUAAUACAUUGGUUGAUAAUUCGCUUAACUACUCUCAAAUGAAUUCAAUUAAUGAAGGUGAUAAGUUAUUAAUUCUUCCUACAGCAGGAGAUAUUGCUGUAGCUUCAAAUAAUACCCUUAUAGGGAAUAUAUCAUCGUAUCCAAAACAACGUUUCACUUUUAUCUUUUCUAAUAAACAAGAUAAAGCUAAUUGGUUAUCAUCUUUAGUGUAUCUUCAUUUAUCAAGAUUGUUUAAACGCUAUCUCACAUCGAUUCCACGUCAAGACCUUCCACUCAUUCUACCAUCUCCUUCGGUGUAUCGAUAUUCUACUCCAGAUUCACCAUUUAAUAUUCUUCUUGAACCUCCACAAACUGAUGGCAGUGCAGGAAUUCCUAUUAUUCGAGCUGCAACAAUGUUGAAACUCAUUGAACGAAUGACUUAUCAUGAAUAUUUUGACAGUAAAACUCUCAAUACAUUUCUUUUGACGUAUAGACGGUAUACUACAGCAUUGGAGUUAUUGGAUUUAUUGAUAGAACGAUUUAAUGUACCAGAUCCUGAUUUUACACAAGCUGUUGAAAAAACCUUUAAUUCAAUUGGAGAACAUGACAGUUUAAUUACUUGUGCAUUGCGUUUAGAACAACGUUUCCGUUCAUUAUACAAACGGCGUGUUCAAUAUAGGGUUUUAAAUUUCAUCAUCAAGUGGGUGAAAAAUUCCUCUUACUAUAAACUGGACAUACUACCUAAUGCUGUACUACGCAGUAAAUUAUGGAGCUUUUUAGAUACAGUUGAUGCUCGCAAUUUAUCCGAUAAUGUGAUGAAUAUUCGUAAAUCACUUCUUGGUGAUAGGAUAAGAUUUAUUCCAACAAUUGGACAUCCUCCACCUGAACCACUUGAUCUUGGCAUAGUUGGAUCACCAGAUGAUGUCAAGUUAACUACAGUUCAUCCUCUUGAAUUUGCACGUCAGGUGACUUUAUAUGAAUGGGAAUUGUAUUCUCGUAUUGAAUUUUGGGAAGUUACUGGUAAAGAGAAAAUGAGAUCGCCUAAUUUCGAAGCAUCUCUUCAAUUUUCGAAUAAAUUUAAAUGGUGGUUGGUUAGUUCAAUCAUGUCAGCUGAUCAUUUAGAGGAUAGAGUAGUCAUUAUGCAACGUGUAGCUGAUCUACUAAUAUAUUUUGAAAAUUUAAACAAUUUACAAGGUGUUCAAGAGGCGAAAGCUGCUCUUAUGAGUUCACCUGUAUAUCGUCUCAAUGAGACAUUCGAGGCUCUAAUCACCAAAUCGAAGCAUCAUUAUCGUAAUUUGUUUGAAUGUCUACGCCAAUCAGUUGAAGAGGAUAAUGGAAGUGUUUAUUUCGCUGAUUAUCAAGAGAAAUUACAUCGAAUACAUCCACCUGGUCUACCUUUCAUUGCAGUUGGAGAUAAGACUCAAUUGAUACACUUAGAAUUGAAGCAUUCAGAUUGGGUUGAUUCUUCUGGAUUACCUCUAUCGAAUGUUUCAAGUGUACAUAAUACUAAUAAUAGGGAUUCCUUGAUUAAUUUUUGGAAAUGUCGUCAAAUGGCUGAACUUGUUGAAUAUUAUUUAUCAUUUCAACAGACACCAUACAACUUUAGCGUAAAUAAGCCUAUUCGACAAUUUUUAGAGACACUUGAUCCUUUGAAAUUCUGGAGUGUUGAAAGUGAAGAUGCAUUUGAUGAUAUAAUGUAUGAAAAAUCUUUAAAAAUUCAACCGAAACUUGCCAACUCACUUUCAACGGUAUCUCGAGAGCAGCGUAGUUUAACAUAUGUUGAAUUGAAAAUUGCGGCUGCAUUAAAUCUUGUCCAACCAGAUCAUAAACUUACUACUGAUUCUCGAGAGUUUCGUAAUCUUAUUCAAAUGAUUUCUACCGCUACAAACUGUUCAUCCUCUUUAAUGUCAACAAAUGAUCAUCAGUUAUCUAAGAUCCCUACUGAUAGAUCUGAUAGAAAUUCGAUGCAAUCAAAUGACAAGUUGAAUACACCUGUUUCUACCACAGUCAAUGAAUCUGUUUCACUUGAUGGUGAUGGAAAGUCAUCUUCGUUCUCUGAUAUUGACAAAACUGUCAAUAGCUUAAAAAAAUCUUCCGUUGUUGAUCAUGUUGCUGAGACAACUGUGCACACCACUUUAUCUACUGACAGUGAUAGAUCUGUAAUCACAUCAAUCAAGUUAUCAAAUGUCACUACACCUACAAAAAUUGAUGAUGAUGAUGAUAUAUAUACUGUGAAUUCUUCACCACCUCCUUUACCACCUCGAAUAGGUCAGUCGUUUCGUGAGACAUCUUCGUCGCAGAUGCUUCUUCAUAACUCAUGUAGUUUGAAAUUAGCGCAUAACAAAGAUAUUUUAGAAUGCGAAAAUUUACCAGCUAACAAUAAUGAAAACCCUCCUGUAAGACCGUUACGCCGAAGUUUAAUGUCUAUAUCUCCUCCUAUAUGUUGUUCAGUAACUGAAGAAAAUUGUUUUUGGUUAAACUCAAUCAUCAAUGAAGUUUCAAAUUGCACAGAGAAAUGUAAAAGUGAAGCUGUUGAUAAUGGCAUGUCGAAUUCUCCGCCUCCAUUACCUCCUCGUAUUCGCUUCUAUGGGUCACAUUGUUUAUCUGGACGAACUGGAGAAAACAUGAAAGCUGAGAAUAAUGACAUUUAUAUUGAUUCACCAUGUACAAAUUCGUGGUCAGGAAAUCUCUUGUCAUCAAACAAUGUGCCGAAUACGAAUCGUUCAUCACCUCCUCCACUACCUCCUAAAAAGUCAACUACUCUUAAGAAUUAA